UUCGGUCCUCUGGCUGGUCGAACUUGACUAGGUCAGAGACAACACAAAGAUCGUAGAAUACACAUAUACAUACACAUACAUUCCCUCUUCAAACGGAGGAACGAAGAAGAAGACGACGACUCAACGAACCAUUUGUCUGCUACACUUGGCUCCAGAACGAGAUAACUUUCAUUGAACAUCAUGGCCUUUGCUCAUCGGACAAUGCUCAGCUUGGUUCGUGCCACAAGCCGGUCUUCUGCUUUGUUGAGCCUCCCAGGAGCCCGCCCUUCCGCCUCUCGGAUCCUGGUCUCGGUGCGUCCAAUGUCCCAGGAGGUGCCAUCGCCCGCCCCCUCCACCAAGAAUAAGGAGCGGCAUGAAACUUCUCACUUGGAAGAUAUGGUGUUGAUGGUAAAACCAUCUCCUUUUGAACGGUGGAUCUUAAGCAAAAGCGGUGAAGGUGCUUUUAAGAACGUAGACGACAUCCCGGAAAAGGUUGAGAGAAGUGCCAUGGAACGAGCCAAGAGUAUUUUUAGGAUGAAAGCCGCCACAUUUAUAAUGAUUGGAUGUUUGGCCAUUUGCGCACUCAUUGUGGCCAUGGACAAGUCGAGCCAGGUGCCCAUCGAUGAACGAGCUCUUCGCAAACACGAGGUGUACUCUCCCAAAGAAAAGUAAUCAAUCGGAAGAAAGAAGACGAGACGGCAUGUGUGACCCUCCAAAAAUAGGCACUCGGGCAGAGCGUCAUAACCAAGAGAUAUUUUAAUGUUCGGUCAUUGCAUAUUUUCCCAUCCGACAUCUAAUUCGAUAAAAUUGAAUAAAGAGGUCGAGAACCGCCGAUAACAUAAAGUAUAUCUACCUACACCAACUCGCUCUAUUCAAGGUCCUCACCUCAACCUUUCGCCGUUAAAAUAAAGAUCGCUUCCAUUCAACUA